CCUCCCGACCCGGGCUUCAGCACAGCGCUGGCCGCAGUCUGACAGGAACGGGACGGAGCCAAGAUGGCGGCGGCCGACGGCGACGACUCGCUUUACCCCAUUGCGGUGCUCAUAGACGAGCUCCGCAAUGAGGAUGUUCAGCUUCGCCUCAACAGCAUCAAGAAGCUGUCCACCAUCGCCUUGGCCCUUGGGGUGGAAAGGACACGAAGUGAACUCCUCCCCUUCCUUACAGACACCAUCUACGAUGAGGAUGAGGUCCUCCUGGCCCUGGCUGAGCAGCUUGGAACCUUCACCGGCCUGGUGGGGGGCCCAGAGUACGUGCACUGCCUGCUGCCCCCACUGGAGUCGCUGGCCACGGUGGAGGAGACGGUGGUGCGGGACAAGGCCGUGGAGUCCUUGCGGGCCAUCUCCCAUGAGCACUCGCCCUCUGACCUCGAAGCCCAUUUCGUGCCCCUGGUGAAACGGCUGGCGGGGGGCGACUGGUUCACCUCCCGCACCUCGGCCUGCGGCCUCUUCUCCGUCUGCUACCCGCGAGUGUCCAGCGCUGUGAAGGCAGAGCUCCGCCAGUACUUCAGGAACCUCUGCUCAGAUGACACCCCCAUGGUGCGGCGGGCCGCAGCUUCCAAGCUGGGGGAGUUCGCCAAGGUCCUAGAGCUGGACAACGUCAAGAGUGAGAUCAUCCCCAUGUUCUCCAACCUAGCCUCUGAUGAGCAGGACUCCGUGCGGCUGCUGGCGGUGGAGGCGUGUGUGAACAUCGCCCAGCUCCUGCCCCAGGAGGACCUGGAGGCCCUAGUGAUGCCCACACUGCGCCAGGCGGCCGAGGACAAGUCCUGGCGCGUCCGCUACAUGGUGGCCGACAAGUUCACUGAGCUCCAGAAAGCAGUGGGGCCUGAGAUCACCAAGACAGACCUGGUGCCCGCCUUCCAGAACCUGAUGAAGGACUGCGAGGCCGAGGUGAGGGCCGCGGCCUCUCACAAGGUGAAAGAGUUCUGCGAGAACCUCUCUUCGGAUUGUCGGGAGAACGUGAUCAUGACCCAGAUCUUGCCGUGCAUCAAGGAACUGGUGUCAGAUGCCAACCAGCAUGUGAAGUCCGCCCUGGCCUCCGUCAUCAUGGGUCUCUCUCCCAUCCUGGGCAAAGACAACACCAUCGAGCACCUCUUGCCCCUCUUCCUGGCACAGCUGAAGGACGAGUGCCCGGAGGUGCGGCUGAACAUAAUCUCCAACCUGGACUGCGUGAAUGAGGUGAUCGGCAUCCGGCAGCUGUCCCAGUCGCUGCUGCCCGCCAUCGUGGAGCUAGCCGAGGAUGCCAAGUGGCGGGUGCGGCUGGCCAUCAUCGAGUAUAUGCCCCUGCUGGCUGGGCAGCUGGGAGUGGAAUUCUUUGAUGAGAAACUCAACUCGUUAUGCAUGGCGUGGCUGGUGGACCAUGUCUAUGCCAUCCGUGAGGCAGCCACCAGCAACCUCAAAAAGCUGGUGGAGAAGUUCGGGAAGGAGUGGGCACAUGCCACCAUCAUCCCCAAGGUGCUGGCCAUGUCUGGAGACCCCAACUACCUGCACCGCAUGACUACCCUCUUCUGCAUAAACGUUCUGUCUGAGGUGUGCGGGCAGGACAUCACCACCAAGCACAUGCUGCCCACUGUUGUGCGCAUGGCAGGGGACCCCGUUGCCAAUGUACGCUUCAAUGUGGCCAAGUCCUUGCAGAAGAUCGGGCCCAUCCUCGACAACAGCACCCUGCAGAGUGAGGUCAAGCCGGUCCUGGAGAAGCUGACCCAGGACCAGGAUGUGGAUGUCAAGUACUUUGCCCAGGAGGCCUUGACUGUUCUGUCUCUUGCCUGAUGCUGGAUGAAGAGCCAGUGCUUGGGCCUCCAGUGCCUGGCCUCUGGCCCACCCUUGGCUCAGCCGUACCUGAGCUCCUCCCUCAUGGAGCCAGUGAGUCGCUGACAGCCCUCCCUGUGCAUGGCCUGAUCCCAGACCUGGCCCCACGCACGUUCCUUGAGCCGCCUGGGGAGAUGGCGCCUGGCCCCCUCCCAAAGGCUGAGGGACACGCGGUGGGAUGGACAGCAGCCAGGAGGAGGGCGCCACUUCUGCCCUGUAGGGAGAGACGCGAGCAUCCUGGUCACUGCCUCUUGCUGCUGAGAUGGGGACCCCAUCCCCACCUCCCUCCCACCUCCCUCCUCUUCCCUCCCCCCACCUCCCACCCCGGUGGUUUAUUUGUGUCAACUGUACUGUUUAUAUUUUAUUCCUUUUUUCCCUCUUUUCACAAAGAAAUAAAGGUGUAGAAACA